AGCUUGAAGUCUUGAAACUCCCUUUUGCUUUUAGCUUCUGCAUUUUACGACAGUUUUUCCACGUGGUCAGUGGCUUGAAGUGCUUUUUUAAAAUCUGCGUUAAUCAAAAUUCUUGAAUUGUGUAAUUCUUAGACCAGACAAGGCAAUUACUAAAUAUUAAUGUCUUUUCGAGGAGGUAGAGGAAAUGGGGGCGGUAGAGGUGGAAGUUUUGGAGGAGGUAGAGGUUUUGGAGGACGCGGAGCUGGAGGAGGUCGUGGAGGAAGUUUCGGUGGACGUGGUCCUCAAGACUUUGGCCCACCUGAAUUUGUGAAAGAAUUGGGUUAUUUUACUCAUCCCUGCCAGGACGAUCUAAUCUGCAGAUGUACACUUGACGAUAUUCCAUACUUCAAUGCUCCAAUUUAUUUGGAAAACAAGCAGCAGAUUGGCAAAGUUGAUGAAAUUUUUGGUUCCAUUAAAGAGUAUUCAGUUUCAGUGAAACUUAGUGAAGAUGUUAAAGCUAAAUCAUUUACACCCAAUCAAAAGAUUUACAUUGAUCCUGCAAAGCUACUGCCAUUGGGCCGAUUUUUACCUCAACCAGGAGGAGCUGGUCGCGUAGCCAAACGCGGGGGAGGUCGAGGUGGUGCCGGUGGUAGAGGAGGUUUUGGCAGAGGAGGAGGUGGUGGAUUUGGUCGUGGAGGUGGAGAUCGCGGAGGAAGAGGAGGAUUUGGUGGUAGGGGCGGAGGUGACCGUGGAAGAGGAGGAUUUGGAGGACGAGGAGGUGGGGGAGGAUUUGGAGGACGAGGUGGAAGUGGCGGAUUUGGAGGACGAGGCGGAGGAGGAUUUAGAGGAAGAGGAGGCUAACAUUUGAUUCCCCGUUCACUGUGAAGCAUUUCUUUUUUCUAUUGACUUUGUAUCUUUGACUUUUCUUCCAAUAGAAAUUGGAGACUAA